CAGGAGCCUAUACCCCACAAUCAAUCAAAUUGGUUUAUACUAGCCCGUAAAAACGAUACUGGAAAUAUUGGAAUUCUGAAUCUGAACCAUUAUUAGGCGCUUAUUGUGGUAAGUACGUCACAUUUUCACGUGAUAUGUUUUUCCCUUUCUUUCUUUCUUUCUUUCACUGUUCCGAUUUUGGUAUACAGAAAGUUUAAAACUUAAACAGCAGCUCAAAGAAUUAAAUUUUAAUUGUUAGCGCGAAUAUUAUGUCACUACUUUUACAUAUCACAUCAGAAUAUUUGGUGUUUUUAUGUUACUCUAGCCGUGUAGUGUGAAUUUAAGGGAAUAUUGUAGGUAUUCUUGAGGUAUUUAAUGUUUUGAGGAAUUCUAGUGAACUUCAGUAAGUUCCCCUAAGACUUUCAGAUUAAUCUGCCGAGAUCUCGAAAUUACCCCUAAUUUUUUCACUUGCGAAUGAGUUCACAGGAUUAGUGCACACUUCAUUUAAAUUUCAACAAGGCUCUGAGGACUUUUAUCAACGGAUACAUCCCCUUGGUACUAAAAAUUGCAUGUCUUACCCGCAACUAUAAGCAACAAGAAGCUUUGGCAGACAGCGAACUAGCUGAUAAGAACCUAUUACCUCAAAAACGUGGAGAAAUAGAGAAGGACUGGACAAACUCUGAGGAGACCUUGAAGUGGCAUCAUAUGCCAAGCUGUCGAGUAGAAAGUAAAUAGGUAACGACGGAUUAGGCGACAAAGUGUUACGCGGAGGUGACCAUGUGAAGAGGAAAUUACUGUAAGUAGUUAUGCAGCCAGUCGAAAGUGAUGGCAGAGGACUGAGUGUAGUGCAGAUAAUCCCCUGAAACUGUGUGUUCUACUCACUUACCACACAGACACUAGUGAUAAAACUAAGUUAUGAACUAGUACCAAUAUACUGUUGUUGAUUUGUGGUGGUUUUAUGUGGUCGAAUUGCAUCACUUAUGCCCACUUUUACACUUUCAAAUAAAUUGUUAUAAACUAGAGAAUGAUCAUUGAAUCUCUGAAAGCAUUUGCUCUUCUUCGCAGAAAUAUUUCACUAAUAAAGCAUGUUAAAUAUUAUAAGUCAUCUGCCACAAAAAUACUGUGAAAAUAUUCUGGUCGCACAUAAUAAUCAUGAUAUGGUAUAUCAAGUUAGAGGAUUUCAGUUGCAUUUAAUUCACUUAUCAACAAUGCAAGUGGACGGUGGUGAUGAUGACGGUAAUAGCAGUAGUAGCAGUAGAAAGAUAUCUGUCGAAAGUAACCUUGUGGAUAUCGACUAUUCAUCGGGAAGGAAUUUGCUCCUGGGCUGUUCUCAAAAAGGUGAUGUGCAUUUAUGGGAUUUGAGAGAAAGUAACUUAAAGCCUGUAGUACAGUCAAAUACCAACUCAGCUAACAAUGGAUUGUCAUACACCUGUUGCUGCAUCAGUCCAGAUGGAAGUCUAAUUUGUUGUGGAACAGAAGUAUGUCGUGUGAAAAAGUUUGACAAGAAAAAACGCCGGAAACGUCAUGAUUCUACAGAUAGUGAUGAGGAGACAGCUCAUCUUGUCUACUGGGAUACACGUUGUUUAUCAUCUCCGUUGGGUAGUAUUAAAGAUUUUCAUUCAGAAGAUAUUGUCGAUGUGAAAUUCGAUCCUACAUCGAUAUCCGGUUAUCCACGUCUACUGGAUUGUUCUCAUGAUGGUCUUGUAUGUUUGUACAAUAUGCAGGCAGCGGCAGCAUUACAAGACAAUACCCUUUUAUAUAUGUUCAACUCAGAAUCAGUGGCCAGUUCAUGUGGUUGGUUAUUAUCGUCUGGUGCUGGUGCUGGUGAUUCUAUUACCGGUGUCUAUUGUACAACAACAAUGAGAUCAAAUAUUAAAGCUUGGCCAAUUCAUCCAUCUAUGUUAAAAUCGAAUAGUAGUGGCAGAAUAAGAGAUUCAGCCGAAGAGGUCGAAAAAGAACAACGCGGUGGAACUAUUGACGAUGAUGAUGACGAGGAGGAGGAGGAGGAGGAGAUAAUCUUACCUGAAGAAGAACAAGAAAAAUUAGAUAAAAAAACAAAAUUAUGGAAUUCUAAAUUUAUUAAUAAUAAUUCAUUAAAAGGUCGUAAAUUCUUCAGUGUAAUUCAUCAAGACAAGAAAUCUGAAGAAUUUCUACUGCUUGGUGAAUAUGCCGACAACAGCAAUAGUGAUGGUGAUGAUGAGGAUGAUGAAAUCGAGGAAGGAAGUUCUCCAGCUGUAUUUUCUUCACAUCAGGAUGAUAAUGAUAAACCCAUUUGGAAUGUUACCUGUCUACCGAAUACUUUGAGCACUAAUCAUAAUAAUAAUAGUCAAAUAAAUGACACUAGUUUCAAUUUACAAUAUGCAGAUUUCUUAAGAAAACCAAUGGAUAGCGAUAAACAAUUAUGCCUUAUGAUUGGUUCACGAUCAACUGUUUUAUGCUCUUAUGAUGUAUUGAGUGAUCGAAUGAAGAGUAUAUGAAGAGUAUUGUUGUCUAUCAUUCUAUCGAUUGGCAUUUAUUGUUAUAAAUCAUCACAUUAAAAAUAUUUUCGUUUAUUUGUUGUUUAUAUGACUAGUAGGCGAUGACCUCAAGCCUUAAGAUUUUUUCUGUAAUAUAUUUUAACUACUUUUUUGAUUAUUAGUAAUAAAAAUAUUUUUCGUGAGUUUUUCGGACUUCUUAUAGUAAGUAACCGAUGGAUAAAUGCUUACGGUUGUCUGUAGAUCUCAUUCCCCAUGUGGUUAUGAAACUAAUGACGCGG